AUACUGUUUAUGGCAGAUGUACAAAGAAUUGCAGGUUCUUUCGCCAUUGGUUCCGACUAGGCAAUUCUAUUUCCUACGUUUCUGUCAGCAAAUCGAGCAAGGCACGUGGGCAAUUGUCGAUAUUUCCUAUGAUCUUCCUCAUCAAGAGAACCAAUUUGCUGCUUCAUGUAAAACUCACAGGCUUCUUUCUGGAUGCUUGAUACAAGAUAUGCCUAAUGGUUAUUCCAAGGUCACUUGGUUGGAACACUGGGAAAUAGAAGAUAAAGUUCCAAUACAUAGGCUUUAUAUGGAUCUUAUUCACAGUGGGCUGGCAUUUGGAGCUGAAAAAUGGCUUUCAAGUCUUCAAAGGAUAUGCGAAAGAUACGCUUGUCUGAUGGUUACCAGCAAUUCGAGUCAUGACCUCCUUGGAGUUAUUCCUUCACCUGAAGGGAAGAGAAGCAUGAUGAAACUGGCACAGAGGAUGGUUAACAACUUCUGUGCAAGCCUAAACCCUUCUAAUGGCCAACAAUGGAGGACACUUUCAGGGUCGAAUGAAUUUGAAGUCCGAGCAACUCUUCAUAAGAGCACCGAUCCUGGCCAACCCAAUGCUAUGGUUCUCAGUGCUGCCUCUACAAUUUGGCUUCCCAUUCCUCCAGAAAAUGCCUUCAGUUUCUUCCGGGAUGAGAGGACUCGACCUCGGUGGGACGUCCUUUCCAAUCAAAAUCCUGUUGAAGAGGUGGCUCACAUUGCCAAUGGCUCUCAUCCAGGGAACUGUAUAUCUGUUAUUCGGGCAUUAAACACUAGCCAGAGCAACAUGUUGAUACUCCAAGAAAGUUGCAUAGACUCAUCGGGAUCCCUGGUCGUCUACUGCCCUGUCGACUUACACCACAUCAACAUAGCCAUGAGUGGUGAGGAUCCCUCAUAUAUACCUUUGCUACCAUCGGGAUUAACCAUCUCGCCCGAUGGCAGGCCAGAUCAAGAAAGGGGUGUCAAUGGAGCCUCGACUAGUUCAAAUACCGGUGGUGUUGGUGGUAGGUUACCAUCAGCAGGUUCACUUAUUACAGUUGUGUUUCAAAUACUACUAAGCAACUUGCCAUCUGCUAAAUUGAGCGCUGAAUCAGUCACAACUAUUAACAACCUUAUCAGCAACACUGUCCACCAAAUUAAAGCUGCCUUGAAUUGCUCUACUUCCGGAUGAUACCUUAAAUUCAGCUUCUGGUGCAUGUUUCACAAGUGUUUGUCGCCUUUAAUUAUGCGUAAUGAUCAGAAACUGACUAUUUUGGUUAGUUGGGAACUUUGAAUGCUACUAUCAUCAAUGGCUGAAACUGACUUAUUGCUGCUGCCUCCUGCUGUUUUUGCUGCCAAUCCUCAUUACAAUUCGCAGCAGCUUUUAUUGAUCUUGUCUAGUUUUCUGCUUAUUAUCGCUUUUACUUAAAUGACGGAGUCAAGAACGCACCAUAUGGAUCUUUCCUGCUGUGGGUUAUGCUU